GCUUCCUGAAGUCUUGAGCCUGCAAACACUCCAGUGCUGAUCUGUUUCAGCAGUAUAGAGUGAAGACCACAGAGGAAAAGAAGUUAAAAUUCAGGGAGGAAAUUUCAGACCAAGACUAAAACAUCACAUUAAGAAAAAUCUUUUAAAGGCAGAUGAUGAAAGUGUAAAGAAAAUCAGGAUCAGAGAGGAUCUAUAAAGCCGGUUUAAAAUAAAGAAUGGGCUCCCCGGUGAGCAGUGCUUUCCUCUUAACCUCCCUGCUGGCUUUGCUUUUUGGAUGUUCUUCAGUCUUGGCCCAGACCCUGAGACAAAGAGAUGCACUCUGUAACACAGAUGGCUGCUUUGUUGUCUAUUUUCAACCCAAAACCUUUUUGGAGUCAUGGAGGGCCUGCAAAGAAAAAGGUGGCGACCUGGCCACCAUCAAGCGGAAGGUGGACGCAGCCGCUAUUGCCACUCUCUUUUCCACUGUGGAUCUGCGCCACUCACGCACUACUGUCCAAGUAUGGAUUGGCCUUGAGCGCCAGCCUCGCCAGUGCACUACCACGCGCCCGCUGCGAGGUUUCUCUUGGACUAUUGGUGACCAGGACACAGAGUACACCGACUGGCAGAACCCGGACUCCGCUGACUCGUGUUCAGUGCCUCGCUGUGUGUUUAUGGGCUACAGCACUGAAGACCAGGAUCAUAAUUUUAAAUGGAUAGACAGUGCUUGUGCAGUCUCUGCAGAUGGGUAUCUGUGCCAUUAUGCCUACGCAGGCAUGUGCCCUCCCCUGUGGAGUGAGGGAGAAGGCAAUGUUACCUACACCACACCGUUUAACCUUCUGAGCGCACUGCUGACUCAUGUACCCGUUGGAUCUGUUGCUACCGUACGCUGUCCUUCAGGCGCCAAAGAAGAGGUUUCAUGUAUGACGAGGGAAGAUGGCUCAGUGGGAUGGACCAAAGAAACUCCUCUUUGUUCUCAUUCCUCUAUAUCACACGACCUAUGUGACCAGGAUAAUGGUGGAUGUGGGCAUUUCUGCAUGGCAGCUGGUGCUCAUGUCUACUGUGAAUGUGCUGAUGGAUACACGCUUGCACCAGAUGAACGCACUUGCCUCGAUGUAGACGAGUGCCUCGGAGGUCCUUGUGAGCAGAUCUGUGUGAACACCGUGGGGACAUUUGAAUGUCAGUGUCACGAGGGCUAUGAUAUAAACGAUGGGGGUGAGUGUGAGGAUAUUGACGAGUGUAUAAAUGACCCAUGUGAACAUGCUUGUGAGAACACCCCAGGCUCUCAUAUCUGCCACUGCCAUCUGGGCUAUUCCUUAGUGCCUGAGCAUCCCAGGCAAUGCCAGGAUAUCAAUGAGUGCGAGAUUCCUGGAACAUGCGAGCAGAUGUGUGUGAAUUAUGAAGGCGGUUUUGAGUGCUAUUGCAGUGAAGGCUUUGAACUCAUGUCUGAUAACUAUUCAUGUGAGAAGAGAGAGGAAGCAGACGACCAAUAUGCUGUCACUCCUCCUUCUCUUUGGGUCACAGGCCAGGCUGGACCUCUGUGGGACUAUGGCUGGAUCCCAGAGCAGCGCCACACUGACUGGCCUACACAGGAGGAGGAGUCUCUGGACUGGCUGACAGAGUCCACCAGAGUUUUGAAUUCUGAUGUAAUUUGGGCCACCAGUCCCCCACUGGUGCUGGACCCCCUGACACAGGGAACUGAUAAAGAUGAAGAAGAAGCUGUAGACAGAGCUGACUGGUCAAACGGUGAUCAGAGAUUUCAGACUGAGCUGAAGGUUUUGUCAGCAACUGCCUACAAUACUCCUCAUGUCCUUAGCUCCAGCGCUACCCCAGACCUGUACAAGGAAGAUGAGGGUGAAGCUACUACAGCUCUUCGCUUAUACCCCACCUCAACAGUCUCAGAAGGAGCUUGGAACUGGGGGGCGGAUCUCGUUACUUCAAGCAAGAUUCCACAGGGUUCUGUCACAGACAUGCCUGAAGAGUCCAGUUACCACAAAGAGCCAGAAGGAGAAACACAGACGACUCUCCUCAGGGAAAACUUUCAGUUCACAGAGGCGGAGUUAAGCGAAGAGGAAAUGACCUUUGUGGAAUCUACCCCCAGUCAAAACCUGGCCUUUCCCACCAGGCUGGCUUCUUCCCAGCCGCCCCUAACUGAGGACGAGGAAGGUGACGACAGCUCGGAUUCUGUCCAGACAAAGGGGAGCACUUGGCUCAUGGUGGGACUCUUCAUACCCAUCUGCAUCUUCAUUGCCGUAAUGGUGGCACUCGGUUUUGUCUACUGCAACCGCUAUAGAGUUACGGCACACGAUAAGAAUGCCGCUGACUGCUACCACUGGAUCUCGGGGUCUCAUGAGAAACAGGGAGCUCCUGACCCCUCAGCAGGGGUGCAGAGCUGUGUUUAAAACUGUGAAGACGUUUACAUAAACAAACCCUGUGUCAGAGGGAAAGAAUGGUGACGAAUGCAUCUGGUCCCUCUGACUCUGGGACACAUUUAAAUAACUCUUGAAUCUAAACUCAUAGUGACAGGAGGGAAAGUACAGAGAAAGUCUUUUUGUGAAUAUGUUUUCUAUGUGGUACAGAACACACACACACACACACACACACACACACACACACACACACCGUCCUGAUUAUUGACAUGUUUAUUCGUUUCAGCAUGUCCCAGAUGAAGUAAUUCCUGCUUAUAAAGGUAACAGAGGUCUUUGUUUUGUAAUGGAAUUUGACUCAGUUUCACAUCUCUGCUCAUAACUGUUACCUGUGUUUUAUAAGUGUGGUUGCCUCAGUCAGCAAUGAAUGAAGGGAAACUACAUAAAUGUCCAGAAGGAGACACAAUUUACAGAAAAAUGCUGAACAUAAGUUCGCUGUGUUGGAGCAGAAUUGUGGAGCUGCGAUUGAACAAAACCCUCUUUCAUGCUUGUUUCUUGUUACCAUUUUAAAAAUAUAAUUCUUGUAAUAGUUCAUUGAAAUAAUGUCACACUCCAUAAACCCUGUGACUGUUACACAGAGAGUGGCUGUAGCAGCUGUUUUGUGACACUGGCCUUGUUUGUGGAAUGGCCAUCAGUCACCCUUUGUACUGCUAGUUCCUGAAUGCACUAAAGAAAUCAUUUCUGGCCACCUUGGAUGAAAUCCAGCUGUGUACAGACUGCUUUCAGUGCAGCUGCCGAUGGAGCUUCGAUUUUUAAAUUCCCAAAUGACAUUGAGAUUUCAAGGGAUUUGUAUCCUGCGUUCAAAACUGACUAACACGGGAGGAAAGAAGAUUGUAUAGAGUACUAAAAAUACUAAUAAAGAUAAUAAUAGUAA